AUGCGAAAGGAUGAUGCACCUACGGUUUUCAAAUUUCUGAAGUCUACUAUCUUCAGUAGAUUUGGAGUGCCUAAGGUGCUAAUCAGUGAUCAGAGAACCAACUUCUGCAACAAGUUACUCAAUAAUUUGUGGGCUAAAAAUGGGGUUUCUUAUAGAGUAUCCACCUCAUACCACCCUCAAACCAAUGGCCUGGCUGAGAUCAUCUAUGAAAAGUCUUGUCACAUUCUGGUAGAGCUGGAGCAUAGAUCAUAUAGGGCGGUUAAGAGCUGCAACGCUGACUUGGAGGAAGCUGGUCUGAACCAACUCCUUCAAAUUCAAGAACUUGAAGAAAUGCGGUUAGACACCUACCAUAGCUUUAACAUCUACAAGGAAAAAUCCAAGCUUGUUCACAAUGCCAACAUCUUGAGGAAGAAGUUCAAGGAGGGUAACAAGGUGUUGAGGUAUCAAGCUCAGUUCAAAUUCAAGAAGGGUAAAUUCAAGACGAGCUGGGAUGGACCAUACACUGUUAUGAAAGUGCACGAUUUUGGGAUGAUAGAGCUAAAGGAGGAGGCCAUGAGCAAAAUGUUCCAGUGCGAUGGUUAUCUCCUCAAGCUUUACAAAGAGCCCAUUCCGCCUUCUUAA